AGAGAACCUUUUUGGAGAAGCUGAAAAGGGCUUCAUUGCUUUAUGUGGAUUUGAAGGAGUUGAAGCCAACUCGACCCAUCGAGGAAAAACGCAACCUUGAGUGGGCAGUCUACUAUUUAUUGUACCUAUCAGCUUGUAAUCAGAUGGGUCUACCGUUUAUGAAGCCUGAUGAAGCCUACAGACACAUUCCUCCCUAUCCAAGCUUUCUAAUUCCAGAGCUACGGAAGACUUUGGGCAUUCCUUCCGAUCAAUAUCUUUUGGUGGCAUUUGAUGAAAUUGGUGUCCUUGACGAAAGUCUCGACGAUUUUCAUUUCAAGAGAACCCAUGACGGUAGAGUUCGACCAUACAACGACUUUUUCGGUAUCAUUAGUCAAUUGUGCAAAGAACCCGACUUGUUUUUUAUAGUUGUUGGGAAAAGCAAGGGUUUAAGUAUUAAGAAUUAUGUGGCUUUUGGGCUAUCAAGAGUUAUACUACAUUUUAUCCCUUUAUCACCUUUGGACGCUUCCAGUAUCGUUGAAUUCCUUGAAAAGAGUCUUCUAAAGACACCUACUCAAGUUCCAGUUUGUAAUGUCUUAUGUAGUUCUUCAUUUUCAGUAAAUGAAUUGGCAGAUUCGUUAUUGGAAUGUACAGGUGGAGUUCCUGGUUUGUUGACUCGUGCAGUGAAUAUGCUUUUGAAUUAUGUAAUAGCAAGAAACCAGCCUUUCAUAUCGAAAGAAGAAUGUUUGACGUGUAUGAAUGACUACGAUUUCCGAAGAAUUUGUGCUGAACCAUUUUUGGAACGAAUAUUGAAUUUGGACGAGGAUAGAAAAAGUGUUUUUGAUAUACUUUUGAUGAUGGCACUUUAUCGUAUACCGUUUCAAGUAGAUGACAUAUUGACAUCGGAGUCCUUUUUAUAUGAUGCAGUCACUGAGAUGGGAUUAUAUCGAUAUCCAACGAGCCUUAAGAUGGAUAGAAGAGGACCACUUUUGAACAAUGUACAAACAGAUAAAAGAAAAUAACAAUAGGAAAGUCAACUGACCUCUUGGAAAAUGGUCAGGAAGGGAGUCAAAUUGGCC